AUGGUUCGCGCAGACCCAGCGACCACUGCAGAUUUGUCUGACGGGGCUGCUAGGGACCCACUACCAUCGGACCAUGCUAGAGAGGCUGACGCGAAUUGCGGUGCUGCCGUGGCAGGAGUAGACCGGGCUAGCCGUGUUCUUUUGCUGAAGGAUUGGGCGGAUCUAGUCGACGCUAUCCACUCGCACAAGAGUCUGCUGCACUCGUACAACAUAGACAUCGACAGGGAAGCUGAGCUCAAAGAUAGGCUCCGUGAUACAGCUAGAAGGGUUGGCCUUCAGAUAACCCCUCCAGAAGAUUAUGAACCACCAACUCUUGAAAAAUAA